UUUAAUUUUAAAACGCACAUUCAAUUCAACUCAUCUAGGUUUCAUUUCAUCGCCUUUCUCGUCGUCGUCUUCUCAGUUUUUUCAGCAGAUCUUGUUUUGUCUCUUGUUUUUGGUUGGAUCCGGAAGUGAGCGAACAUGGCAGGCAAGGGAGGUAAAGGACUCGUAGCUGCAAAGACGAUGGCUGCUAACAAAGACAAAGACAAGGACAAGAAGAAACCCAUGUCUCGCUCUGCUCGUGCCGGUAUUCAGUUUCCAGUGGGUCGUAUUCAUAGGCAACUCAAGACCAGGGUUUCAGCACAUGGGAGAGUUGGUGCCACUGCUGCUGUUUACACGGCUUCAAUUCUGGAGUAUUUGACUGCAGAAGUUCUUGAGUUAGCUGGGAACGCAAGCAAAGAUCUGAAAGUGAAGAGGAUAACUCCAAGGCAUCUGCAGUUGGCAAUCAGAGGUGAUGAGGAGCUUGACACGCUCAUCAAAGGAACCAUUGCUGGAGGAGGUGUGAUCCCUCACAUCCACAAGUCUCUUAUCAACAAAACCACUAACGAGUGAUUUUGUUUCUUAAGCACUGAGGUUAUAGGAUCUACUAAUUAGUAGCUUAUGGUGUUUGUGUUGGACUGCUUUUCUUUCCUUAGUUCUCUGACUAGUGUGUUGCUCUUUUCUGGACAUCAUCAUGUGUACGUUUAAUUUUAACUCUUAGGCUUCUUGUUUA